AUGGCGUGCGCCCCUGGGAAUGACGGUACGGCCAUCCUCGUCGACAUCACCGACGAGAAGCUGUCGCCGAACUCGGCCGUGGCGGAGCAGCCGCCGAGGGAUGACUCGGCGCUGCUGUUCGACUCGGAGGACCUGGACUUCUCGUCGCCGUUCAAAGAGGAGGUCGCCGCCAGGGCCGCACCUCCGCUGUUGCGAUCAGCUGAUCCUAGCGUUCCCAAGUGGCAGCGGUUCGACCGCUACACCGUGAGUUUUGUCGAGCGGCGCAUAGAUGGCAGCACCAUUCUGACGCUGCAGGCGACGGAGCCGAGCCAACUGGACAGGACGAUAACCCUGCGCGGCUCAUGGGCGGACACGCAGGUCCAGAGCGGCGACGUCGUGCACGUGCUGCACGCGCCGCAUGACGUCAUCGACAACCUGUCGGGCCAGCUGGUGGUGAACCCAGACCGCCUGAUCUCGGGCACGUCGGUCGUGGCGGCCUGCUUCUGCGCGCGCAAGGCUGUGCUCAGUGAGCUGUUCCGCGGCCUGGAGCCGGGCAACAAGGCCAUGCUGGUCGGCACGCUGGUGCACCAGCUGUUCCAGGAGGUGAUGCGGCGCCGCCUGCGCACGGCGCGUGCCAUCAGCACAGCGGCGGAUGACCUACUGCGGCAGGCGUCCGUGGUGGGCGCGGCCUACGGCGGCGGCCUGUCGGCGGCCGAGCUCGCCGACGAGGCGCGCCAGUUCGUGGCGCCGAUCCUGGACUGGGUGCGCCGCUACGUGGAGUGGGGCCGCGACGCGGAGUCUGGCGGUCCGGCGGCGAACCACGAGAGCUGGGAUGGCGCGGUGACGGCGCUGAGGGACAUCGAGGAGAACUAUUGGUCGCCGAGGCUCGGCAUCAAGGGGAAGAUUGAUCUAACGGUCGAGGUCAAAUGCAGGAAGCGUGCCUCCCAGGUACUACCGUUGGAGCUGAAGACGGGACGGCCGUCCUUCUCAGCCGAGCACCAGGGUCAGGUCACCCUUUAUGCCAUGAUGACGUCAGAGCGGCGUGCCGACCCCGGCUCCGGCCUGCUCCUUUACCUGAGGACGGGUGCCAUGCGGGAGGUGCCGGCCGGGCAGCACCAGCAGCGGGACCUGUUGCAACUACGGAACGAGAUGGUGCACCACCUGAGCCGCGCGCCAGCCUGCGACGCCGACGGCCAGCUGGAGCUGCCCCGGCUGCCGCCCGUCAUCGCCAACGAACGCGCCUGCCAGCGGUGCCCGCACCUGCUCACGUGCUCCGCCUAUCAGAGGCCCGGCGACAGACCGCACGCGGUGCCGGGGGCCGGCGCGCACCUGAGCGUCGCGCACCUGGCCUACUUCCUGCAGUGGAGCCUGCUGCUGCGGCUGGAGGCGGCGGCGGGCGCCGGCCGCGCCGCCAUGAGCCGGCUGUGGUGCCAGCCGGCGGCCGAGCGGCAGGCGCGCGGCCUGGCGCUGGCCGGCUGCCGCCUGCUGCGCGCCGAGCGCGGCCCGGCCGGCUGGCGCCACUGGUUGACGCGGCCGGCCGCGGCCGCCGCCGGUCAGCUGGCCGCUGGCGAUCUGGUGCUGCUGGGCACGGACCAGGAGCUGGCGCUGGUCAUGGGCACGCUGGUCGAGCUGGCCGAUAGCCAGGUGUGCGUGCUGCUGGACCGUGACCUGACCUCGCACGCGGAGGCGGUGCACAAGCUGUACCACGUGGACAAGUGCGAGUACCAGCAGGACACCAGUAUGGGGGCUUACCUGAGCAGCCUCGCGCGCUUGCUGGAGCAGACGGAGCGCAGCCGGCGCGUCCGAGAGCUGCUGAUCGACCGGUUGCCGCCGGCGUUCCUGCCGGGCCUGGGCCGAGUGGUGAUCACCAAGUGCCGCGCCAUCCUGCGGCCGCUGAACAAGCUGCAGCAGCGCGCCCUGCUGCGCGUCAUGAUGGCCGAGGACUACCUGCUGAUCCGCGGCAUGCCCGGCACCGGGAAGACGUCGACGAUCGUGGCGCUGGUGCGCCUGCUGGUCACCAUGGGCCGCUCGGUGCUGCUGGCCAGCUACACCCACUCGGCCGUCGACACUGUCCUGCUCAAACUCAAGGAGACGUUCACGGACUUCGUGCGGCUGGGUCGGGCCAGCCGGGUGCAUAGUGACCUGCAGGCCUUCUGCAGCGAGCGCCUCACCGACCGUCUGACCACGCCUGAGCAGCUGGCCGAGUUCUACGAGGCGCGGCCGGUGGUGGCGACCACGUGUCUGGGCAUCAACCACCCCAUCUUCCAGCGGAGGAAGUUCGACAUCUGCAUCAUUGACGAGGCCUCCCAGAUCGUGCAGCCGGCGGCGCUGGGGCCGCUGCUGCUGGCCGGCCGGUUCGUGCUGGUCGGCGACCCGCGCCAGCUGCCGCCCGUCAUCCAGAGCGCCGAGGCGCGUCGCCGCGGCAUGGACGAGUCGCUCUUCUCCCGGCUCGCCGCUCCCGGCAACACGGUCGAGCUCUCCGUGCAGUACCGCAUGAACAGCACCCUUAUGGCCGUUGCCAACCAUCUCACGUACGAGGGUCGCCUGACGUGCGGCGCGAAGCAUAUAGAAGAGGCGACGCUGCCGCCUGUUGGGCGGAAGCCGGAGGACGCCGCGUGGCUGGACGCGGCGCUGGACCCGGCGCUAGAGCGGGCGCUGCUGCUGCUGGACACCUCCGACCUGCCCUGGCGCCACACCAUCGGCUCGGAGGGCGACGUCUCCAACGACGCCGAGGCCGCGCUCGUGUCGCACAUCGCCGCCACCAUGGUGGAGCGGGGCGUGCCGGUCGACUCUAUCGGUGUGAUCGCGCCAUACCGGGGGCAGGUGAAGCGACUGCGGGCCGCGCUGCCGGCCCAGCUUGAGGUCAACACCGUGGACCAGUACCAGGGCCGCGACAAGUCGGUCAUCCUCUACUCGUGCACGCGCACCGCCCCCAAACGGAUGACAGACGAGCAUGCGGACAGCGCAGACAUCCUGUCGGACGAGCGGCGGCUGACAGUGGCCGUCACCCGCGCCCGCCACAAACUGGUGCUGGUCGGCCGGCGCGACGCGCUCGCCUCGUACGCGCCGUUCGGCCGCCUGUUCCAGCACUUGCGGCCGGCCGACGUGCUGCGACUGACCCCGGGUCAGGUCAGCGGGCUGGACCAGCCCGGCCGGUGACCCGAUCGGGGGGUCUUGCGUGGCGCUGACAGGCGGCGGACGCGAGACCCACAGGACGUGUGUAAGGAAGUGGUCGUGUUGCGGUGCAUGGUGCACCGGGGCGGGGGAAUCACGUUUUGUUGGUGAUAGCACUGAAUGGGUGCUGCGGUGCCAGGAUCGGUGCAUUGUUGCUGACAUCUUUCAUUGGCACGUGGAGAAGGCUCAGUGGUGUUGCAACUAAUGCUAAUAAUGUCCCGCUGAUAACGGGGCAUGCGGCCAAUUUUGUAACUGCGUACCUAUUUUCGAAUUCGGAGCUGUAGGGACAGUCAUUUUGUGGACGAUUAGUGUGAAUUGCAUUGUCAUUUUGGUACACAUAAGUUUUAAUAAACAU